GAGAGAGAAAGAGAAUCCAGCCCCCACCCGCCGCCGCGCCGCUGAUAGCGAGCGUGACAAGAGUCCUCCCCCAUUAAAACCCCCGCCCGCCGCCGCGUCCACCGCCACCGCCAGACCACGCCGCCCGCAAUCGCCGACCGAGGGAGGCACCGCCGGUGGGUGGCCGGAGAAGCGCGAGGACGCCCGCCAUGGAGGACAGAGCGCCGCUGCUGCCCCGGCGCCAAGAGGCGGCGGCCAAGAGCGGCGGGUGGUGUUGCGGGUCGGCGGCGGCGGCGGAGGCCAGGAAGGUCGCGCACGUGGCGCUGCCGAUGGCGGCGGUGAGCGUGGCGCAGUACGCCGUGCAGGUGGCCUCCAACAUGAUGGUCGGCCACCUCCCCGGGGGCGUGCUCGCGCUCUCCGCCUCCGCCAUCGCCACCUCCCUCGCCUCCGUCUCCGGAUUCAGCCUUCUCAUUGGAAUGUCAAACGGCUUAGAAACUCUGUGUGGUCAAGCUUACGGGGCCGAACAGUACGGCAGAUUGGGAGUGCAAACCUACAGAGCUAUGGUCACCCUGACGGCCGUCAGCAUUCCAAUCUCGCUUCUCUGGGUAUUCAUGGGUAAACUCCUGACCCUCAUAGGCCAGGACCCCGUGAUCUCGCAUGAAGCCGGAAGAUACAUAAUGUGGUUGAUCCCGGCCCUCUUUGCAUACGCUGUCAGCCAGCCCCUAACAAAAUUCUUACAGUCUCAGAGUCUGAUAAUCCCUAUGCUUUGGUCCUCCAUGGCAACAUUGCUCUUGCACAUUCCUGUUUGCUGGUUAUUAGUGUUCAAGACCAGCCUUGGGUACAUUGGAGCCGCUUUGGCGAUAAGCGUAUCAUACUGGUUGAACGUGUUCAUGCUUGUCGCGUACAUCGGAUGCUCAAACUCUUGUAAGGAGACAUUCUCACGUCCUACACUCGAUGCUUUCAGUGGAGUGGGUGUGUUCAUGCGCCUAGCUCUGCCAUCUGCACUAAUGUUAUGUUUUGAAUGGUGGUCAUUUGAGGUCAUUAUUCUUCUGUCUGGACUUCUACCUAAUCCAGAGCUGCAAACUUCAGUUCUGUCUACAUGCAUGACAACAAUCACAUUGAUGUAUACUAUAGCAUAUGGGAUUGGUGCUGCUGGAAGCACUCGUGUAUCAAAUGAAUUAGGUGCCGGGAAUCCUGAAGGUGCUCGACUGGCUGUCCGCGUUGUGAUGUCUAUUGCUGUGACUGAGGCAGUUCUCAUCACUGGGGCACUGUUAGCAUCCCAGCACAUCUUGGGCUAUGCAUACAGCAGUGAUAAGGAGGUUGUUGAUUAUGUCAAUGCAAUGGUUCCCUUCAUCUGCAUCUCAGUUGCUGCUGAUAGCCUACAAGGAGUUCUCUCAGGUAUCGCUCGAGGGUGCGGGUCGCAGCACCUGGGCGCCUAUGUUAACCUCGGUUCGUUCUAUCUGUUUGGGAUUCCGAUGUCCCUCCUUCUUGGGUUUGUUCUGAAGAUGGGAGGGAAAGGGCUUUGGAUGGGCAUUUCCUGCGGCUCCAUCAUGCAAUUCCUACUCCUCUCCGGCAUAGUGUUCUUCAGCAACUGGCAAAAAAUGUCUGACAAUGCAAGGGAGAGCGUUUUCGGCGGAACCCCGGCAGAGAAGGAACCUUUGAUGUCUGAUGUAACGGGCGCUGCCUAAUUUUGUUGCGAGUUGCUCAAUCCCUUGACCUGAACUUGAAGCGGACGACACGGCAGCUUUAAUCUUGUGGCUGCAGAGGACAGUCUCCAAUCUAAUGGAGUUCCUCGUUUUUUGCUUUGAGAGAUGUGAGUGUAUAGAGAGGCGAGUUUGCUGAAGAACCGAAGAAAUCAAGAACUAACUGGUGCCCGUAGUUGUAAUGUUGCAAUUUUGCUGAGGUCGGGAAGAAUGAUACAUACAGUAGCAGAAAUUCAAUGGGUGGAAGUAACACGGGCGUGGUUUCGGUGGCCAUCUUCUGAAAAGAUGUUGCUAACGGAUCCUAAAGCAGAGUACCAACUUUCUUUAAAAAUAAAUAAAAGUGAUGACUUUGCCAUGGA